GCAGCAAUGUCAUCUUCUUCGAAGAAAGAUGGCAAUGAAAAAAGAGAUAGUUUGGUUGACCAAGUGUUCUCUUGGUCUCUUCAUGAUAUUUUCAAUCAUAAUCUUUACAAAGAUAAGGUAAACAAAAUUCCAAAGACAUUCUCAUCAGUGAACCAAUACUUGGAUUCAUACCGUUAUCCUCUUCUUGAAGAGACACAUGCUGAUUUCUUGUCAAAUAUGAUGAAUUUGUAUAAGGCACCGAAAUGCAAAAUUCUAUCUGUUGAGAAACAUAAACAUUAUAAACCACCCAGGAACUUCAUUUACACUAUGUUAUUAGAUCAUAUGGGAGAAGAUGGAACACCUGACAAGAACGUAUACAAGCCUCAAGGUUCUGAUAUAAUUGCUUUCUCAGAUGUGAGGCCUGAGCGUGUCAAGGACUUUGUUCGAGUGUCAUAUAUUCCUGCUAUGAUUUUAGGUGUUGAUGAUGAGGAGAUACCUUAUUUGGUAAAAGUUCUUACGUCAAAACCCAUUAUAGUAGAAGAUGAAAACGGUGAAGAGAACCUGAUUAAUGAUCCCCUUUUUGCUGUAUAUCUUAUAAACAUGACAACAAAUCUUCGCAUAUGGAGGGCACUACAUCCAAGUGGCGCCAGAAAUGAAAAUAUUAUCAAGGAGGCUCUGCGGGCUAAUUCCCAGGCUGAAGUUGACUGUAACAUCUGUUCUCAAGAAGCUGAACUGGUUCUCAGCAAAGGCUUGCAGUCGUUCAAUCUCAACGAAUCUCAAUUUGGUGCAGUGUUACGUUCUAUUGCAACAAGUUCAUGUAGUCACAAAAAUUCAGUCAAGCUUAUCUGGGGGCCUCCUGGCACUGGGAAAACAAAGACAAUUGGUAUACUUCUUUGGGCACUUUUAAAAAUGAAAUGUAAGGCUCUUACAUGCGCUCCAACUAACACCGCAGUUGUGGAGGUAACUAGAAGGCUGAUGAGUAUUGUUGGGGAAACCUUGGAAAGUAACAAUUAUGGGUUGGGUGACAUAGUAUUAUUUGGGAAUGAUAAAAGAAUGAAUAUUGAUGCUCGUGGCGACCUUGGAGAUGUUUUUCUUGAUUAUCGCAGUAAGAUACUGUGGGAUUGCUUGAACCCACGCACUGGAUGGGGAGUUCAGUUAAAAUCAAUGAUAUGUUUGCUUGAAGAAGCAUAUCAGCAGUUCCUUGUCUACGGAGAAAAUAAAAAACUAGAGAAAGAGAAAGAUGUUUCUUGUAAAAUGGAGCAAAUGGAAGAAAUAGAAGAGGAAACAGUAGGCCUUUCUGUAACCGUUGGACAAUCUGGUGAAAGUAGCACCGGUGAGGAAGCGGUAAAUGAAGAAUUUAGUGAGUUUCUACUAAAACGGUUUUCGUUGAUAGAGAAAGACAUGAGAUUUUCAAUUGAAUCUAUCUCUUCUCACAUGCCUACCUCAUUCAUUUCUGUCACAAUGGUAAACAAAAUGUACACUACCCUUGAUUUGCUCAAGUUUUUUCGGGUUUCGCUAGUAAAGGAUUCUUAUUCCAAUCAAGAGCUCAAGAAAGUCUUCUCUGAUUCUGAAAUAAAAGAUUGCAGCAGCAAAACAACCUCUGUGUUGCUAUUACGGAAGAGCCGAGUUGAGUGCCUUGAAGUUUUGAGAUUCCUUGAAGAGUUUAAGUUUCCUAAUUUUCAUGAUGUAGGAUCGAUAAAAGAGUUUUGUUUGCAAAAGGCUUGCCUCAUUUUCUGCACUGCUUCAAGCUCAGCCAAACUAAGUACAAUUAAGGAACUGAAGUUGGUAAUCAUCGAUGAAGCUGCCCAACUUAAAGAGUGUGAAUCAGCUAUUCCGCUUCAACUAACUUAUGUCAGACAUGCAAUUCUCAUAGGCGAUGAACGACAAUUGCCUGCAAUGGUUCAAAGCAAGAUUUCUGAAAAGGCUGAGUUUGGUAGAAGUCUCUUUGAGAGAUUGGUGUCACUCGGUCAGAAUAAGCAUCUCUUGAAUAUCCAGUACAGAAUGCACCCUUCCAUAAGUGUUUUCCCAAAUGUUGAAUUCUACAACAAACAAAUAUUAGAUGCUCCAACUGUCAAAGGAAGAACUUAUACCAGAAAUUUGCUUCAAGGGAGAAUGUACGGGCCUUUCUCGUUUAUAGAUGUUUCUUAUGGGAAGGAGGAAUUCAAUGAUAUGCACAGCUGCAGAAAUCCGGUGGAAGUAGCAGUGAUUUCAGCCAUAAUUGAGAACCUUUACAAAGCUUCAAUUGCAAACAAUAACAAAGUCAGUGUUGGGGUUAUAUCCCCUUACAAAGCACAAGUAUUUGCGCUCAUUGAUAAACUUGGCAACAGAUUUGAGGCACACAGUAAUUUCUCAGUGAGUGUUCGAUCUGUUGAUGGGUUUCAAGGAGCCGAGGAAGAUGUUAUAAUUAUGUCUACUGUCAGGUCCAAUGGCAACGGAUCAGUGGGAUUCCUCUCGAAUCAUCAAAGAACAAAUGUUGCUCUAACAAGGGCAAGGUACUGCCUUUGGGUUGUGGGGAAUGGACAAACUUUAAUGAACAGUGAUUCAGUGUGGAGGAAACUAGUGCAAUCUUCUAAGGACAGGGGAUGUUUCUUUAGAGUUGAUGAUGACAAGAUGUUAUCGAAAGCAGUUAUAGACUCCUUGAUUGAGCUUAACCAGCUUGAAGAUUUACUAAACAUGGAUUCUUUACUCUUUAAAGGUGCUAAAUGGAAGGUUAUCUUUGGUGAUGGAUUUUGGAGCUCUUUAUCGGGAAUAAAGAGUGUUGAGUUCCGCAAGAACUUAGUUUCUUUGUUAAUGAAGCUUUCAAGUGGAUGGCGUCAACGUUCUCAAAAAGAAAAGGAGCUCAAAACUAAUGAUGGGGAUGUUGCACAGCUAUUGCAGAGGAACCAGAUCAAUGGGCGUCUAAAUCUACUUUGGACUACAGAUAUUGUCAAAGAAAAGUCAAAUUACAUCCAAGUGCUAAAAAUUUUGGAUAUACUGCCGUCAGCGGAGAUACCUCCUAGACUUGCUAAAAGUCUAGAUGCCAUUUUUCAGAGUUACACAGUCCAAAAAAUGUGCCGCUGCAAGCACAAACGUCUUGAAGGGGUACUAGAAGUUCCAAUGAGUUGGGAGAUCAGUCCUGAUGAUACUAUUGGUGCUGGAACUAAUUAUGAGGACUUGUCAGCUGCACUGGCUUCACUAAAUCUUGCUAAGGAACACAUCCCAAAGAGUCAUGGUUCAAGGGGUCAGAGUUCACGAGCGUCAAAGCCCAGGGGAUUCAGGAACAAGGCUACGUCAAAGCAGGAGUGGCACGUAGUAUAAGAAAGGAUGAUGCGUGAAAGUAGUUCCAAGGAGUUUUUCCUGCAACAUGUCAUAUAGGUUGUGAUUGAUGUUUCCAGCAUUUCUUGUUUAAAGCACGUAAUUUCUAAUUCGAGGAACGGUGUAUUGGAAUUUGUUAUUUUGGUAGAUUAUAGGAAGAUUGUCGUUGUUACUUUAGUCAUCUAUCAGACUGCAAAUAGACCCUCU